AUGUGGGAGUGGGAUUUCCAAGGCUCUGGGACCCAUGCUUAUGAUGGAGAUGUGUUCUCUAUCCCCAGCUUUAGAAUUGAGCUGGGCAAGGACUAUGGUAAUAUUGGCCUGCACUUCAGCGCACGCUUCAUACAUGCUAAUGAUACCAAAAUCAUCGCCUACAACUCCCGGAAUGAUUACAUAUGGGGCAAAGAAAAAAAAGUGAAAAAAUUCCCCUUUGUGCCAGGGAGCAGAGCAGAGAUUAACAUAAUCUUUGAAGAGAAGCAGUUUAAAGUGCAGCUGCCUGGUGGCUCUGAAUUCACUUUCCCUAAUCGUCUUAACUUACAAUUUAUCAACUUCUUGGAAAUUACUAAGGACUUCAAGCUCAGAAUGCUGUCCUUUGAAUGA